UAUGUGCGUAGCGGCAUGGCCAGCAGUGGCCACGGUGUGGCGUCGUGUCGGUUGAGCGUGGUCGGUGAUGAUUGGUCAGCACGCGUCUACCAAUCGGCGUCUUCCAUCUGUCUACCCCGGCGGCCACUAAACUCACCAACCACGUCCGCUACUUGGGUAUUAUCGGGCAGUUCUUCGUGGUGGCUGGUGCCUCUUUGUCGCUGUCUUCUCGGGCACACGUCGUCCUAUCGGCGUCCGAAAAUGCGGUCUCUGUGCGCGUUCGUCGUUCUCUUUGUGCUUGCCGUAGCCACAGCGGAAGUCUAUCUGGAUGAGAAGUUUACAGAUGAUUCAUGGGAGAAAAACUGGAUCUAUUCCGAGCAUCCUGGAAAGGAAUUCGGGAAAUUCGUUUUAAGCCAUGGCAAGUUCUGGAACGAACCAGAAAAUGAUAAAGGUAUCCAGACAUCGCAGGAUGCAAGGUUUUACGCGAUAAGCAAGAAGUUCACUCCCUUCAGCAAUAAAGAUAAGACCCUUGUUAUCCAAUUCACUGUUAAACACGAACAGAACAUCGACUGUGGGGGUGGAUAUGUCAAAGUAUUCGAUUGCUCACUCGAUCAGAAGGAUAUGCAUGGCGAGAGCCCGUAUCAGAUUAUGUUUGGACCUGACAUCUGUGGACCAGGAACUAAGAAAGUGCAUGUCAUCUUCAGUUACAAGGGCAAGAACCUCUUGAUCAACAAAGACAUUCGUUGCAAGGAUGAUAUUUACACGCAUUUGUACACUUUGGUUGUUAAACCUGAUAACACAUACAAGGUACUCAUUGACAACGAGGAUGUAGAGUCCGGCGAAUUGGAAGCGGACUGGAACUUCCUGCCGGCGAAGAAGAUCAAGGAUCCGUCUCAGAGUAAACCUUCCGACUGGGACGACAAGCCUACGAUUGACGAUCCCGAAGACAAGAAACCUGAAGAUUGGGAAAAGCCUGAGCACAUUCCUGAUCCCGAAGCUACCAAGCCCGAGGAUUGGGAUGACGAAAUGGACGGCGAAUGGGAAGCGCCCAUGAUCGAUAAUCCCGAUUACAAGGGUGAAUGGAAACCGAAACAAAUCGACAAUCCUAACUACAAGGGACCGUGGAUUCAUCCAGAGAUUGAUAACCCUGAAUACAAGCCUGAUCCCGAGCUCUACAAGCGCGAUGAAAUCUGCGCUAUCGGUUUUGAUCUGUGGCAAGUCAAAUCUGGUACUAUUUUCGACAAUGUUUUAAUUACUGAUGAUCCGGAGGUGGCACGAAAAUUCGGAGAAGAUGUUUGGAAAGCUACUUUGGAGGGCGAGAAAAAGAUGAAGGAAGCACAAGAUGAGGAGGAGAGAAAACAAAGAGAUAAGGAGGCUAAGGAAAGUGAAGAUAGUAAAGAUGAUGAAGAUGACGAAGAUCUGGAUGAGGAGGAAAAUAAUAUUCAGCCAGAAAUUGAGGAUCAUGAUGAAUUGUAAAUAAGUGUGUCGUGGACACAAACACACAGACUGUAUUCCAGGAGCAACGUGGCCGCGACACGCACUAAUCCUCCCAUAGGCAGGAAAUUGUAAUCUGAAGACGCGGUAGUAAGAGAACAGGAGAUUGUCUUUGUCGAUUAUUCUCUCACUAAUAUUGUUCACAUAGACAAUAUUAGCAAACGACAUAAUAGGCAAAAAGAUUUUUUGUUCUCUUGUUGUUGUGUAUCUUUAGAUUAAAAUUUUAGUCGUCUGAGGUAUUUUCUAUUUUCUACAAUUGAAAAAAAAUAAAAGAAUUUUCGGAAAAUGGAAAGUAUUUUGGACAACUCUCCAUCUAGAGAAGCAAAACCGUAAGAAUGAUGUGUGAGUGUAAAAGAGACUGAAUGAUUAUUGAUAUGAUUGGUAUGAUGUAUCAGAGGCAACCAAUAACCAUGUAAUAAAAUAAAUAAGACUUUUCUAGAUGUG